AUGGGUGAGCUGGGCAAUAGUACGUUGGACAUGGAGAGCGACUCUCUUUCCAUGGGGGGAACAGCCAUGCCGGCGUGGUAUCAAUUAUUUCUUCCUUGCCGGCAAAGUUCACGGUCGACUUCAGUGGAUUACUCGCUGAGCCAUCGUGUUUGGUUGCCACGGCCAAGAGGUAACCUUGACAGCUCCGCUAGGUCUCUGUCUCGUGGUACGCACCCUGCGUCCGACACCAGCACCGGUUUUUUGAGUUGGUCUCUUCCUAAUUUUGCAGUAUUACACGAGGCAGGAAACGGAUACGAGGGAGACAGCGAGGCGCAGCGGAGUCCUCCCUCCCUGUCGUGGAUUUCAUCGGCAAGUCAGGCAACUACAUUUGACGAUACGCUGCCACUGGUGAGACUGUUUGGCUGUUCCUGCGUCACACCGACGCUGAGUUUCUCGGACGAAUACCACUUAACCCCAAUUGGACAACGUCGAAAGUUCAACUCACAUCUACGUUUGGUACGGUUCCCAGACAGGAAAUAUCUUGUGGAGACUCGACGACGCGCUGCCGCAACAAUCAUUCGGUGGUGGCGCUCAAGGGAGGCCCGUGCAGAGGAACGUCGCCUUUUUGCUUUGGCGCUCAUUCAAAGAGUGGGGCGCAGAUAUCUGGUGCAGAGACGUAUUUGGAACUGGUUGAAAGCGGCGAGGAAUCCCACCUCGCAGUUGGCCCGAAGAAUGCGCGUACACGCCAACAUCUCAGCGCUGCUACACAAGUUAGUGGGUGCAGGUGUCAUGCGAGUUUCUGCGGAUGGAGUUGGGUUUUCAUUGUACGGAAACCAUGGUCUGUCAUACCCCAACAAGGGCGUUUCAAGGAGGUUCCACAAUGCUGCGUCGAGUGGCGUGGCGAAGGCUAACGCAUCUAUGCGUGGAUGGAGCAAACACGGUCGUGGGGUGCAACUGGUGAAUUGUAGCUUUGGUAACAACCCCGCCGCCCCCACAGCUGUCGCUAACAAAGACGCAAAGAGCGCUGUUGCCUUCGGCGCGAAUAGCUUUCCCGUAUCCAGUCCUGUCAAUGAAACUUCUGAGCCUAUGCACUCCCCAUUCCAUUCCUAUGGGGAGGGUGUGCGUAUUUUCUCUCAUACGGUCUUGCCCAACAACGCGAAACAGGUGGAGGAAACACGGCCGCGGAGCGAGGCGUUCUGUUGUAUGUUCAACAGCCGUGUUUCGUUGGAGCCCCUCUCCAUUAGAGUGGUGUCUACAUCGCCCUCUAUUGAUCAUGCUGAGUUAGGGCCGUGGAAUCCUGCGUCUGCGAAGCGAAGUACCAUUCUGCGUGUUAGACCCAAUACGUCUCUAAUUUAA